AUGCAAACGAUUUUCGUCAUGCUGAUGUACAAAAUCACGCCGUUUUUGUUUAAAACGGUCAAGGGAUUAGUGAAAGGCGAGAAAGGCGAAACGGAAUUGCUGAAGAAAGAUUGGCAAAAAGAUGUGGUCUAUUUGGUGCAAUUCCCCCGGUCGCCGACGAUCCCAAAUUUCUCGCCUUUCUGCAUAAAGAUCGAAUCAUUCAUGCGCGUGAACAAGAUCAAAUACGAGAUAAUCUCAACGAUGUCCUCUCGCUCGAAACACAAUCUUUUGCCAUUCAUCGAGCUUAAUGGACACCAAAUCGCCGACUCGCAAUUGAUUCUGAUCAAGCUCAAGGAGUAUUUCAAAGUUCAGGACUACAAGAAUGCCAGAGAUGCGGCCACUGGACGAAUGAUCGAGCGAGCUGUCGAAGCGCAUACUUUCCACGCGAUCAACUAUUUCAAAGUCUACGAGAACCCGGCGGCUUUCGUCUCUCUUCUCUCGUCACUGAUCGAGAAUCCGAUUUUCAAUCUCGUCAAGCCAUUCUUGGUUCCAAUUGUUGCAAAAGUUUUCAAAGGAAAGGUUAAACAACGCAUUAGCAUCGGUUUGGGGUUGUUCUCGAGAGAAGAAAUGAAAGACCUUCUCCAUCGUGAUCUCCAAUCAUUCGAGGAUCUCCUCGGCGAGAAUAAAACUUUCUUCGGCGAUAAAUUCACCGAGGCUGAUCUCACCGUUUUCUCGCAUUUUGCCGUCACCACCUAUAUCCCGCUGGAGUGCUACACGAAACAGAUUCUCAAAGAAGGCAAAAAAUUCCCGCGUGUGUCCGCUUUCCUCCAGAAUGUCCGCGACGAGGUUUGGGGCAAAGAAUUCGAGAAAAAU